AUGGGUGACUGGAGCUUUCUGGGGAGACUGUUAGAGAAUGCGCAGGAGCACUCCACGGUUAUUGGCAAGGUUUGGCUGACGGUACUGUUUAUCUUCAGGAUCCUGGUGCUGGGGGCUGCUGCUGAGGAGGUCUGGGGAGACGAGCAGUCGGACUUUACAUGCAACACUCAGCAACCUGGUUGCGAAAAUGUUUGCUAUGACAAAGCCUUCCCCAUUUCUCACAUCCGCUUCUGGGUGCUGCAGAUCAUUUUUGUCUCCACUCCAACCCUCAUCUACCUGGGCCAUGUCCUGCACAUUGUACGCAUGGAGGAGAAGAGGAAAGAGAAGGAGGAGCUGAAAAAGAAGGGGAGCAGCAAAGAUGGCAACUACCCAGUAGCAGCAGCAGCAUCUGGCAGCGGUGGUGGAGGAGGCAGCAAUAACGUCAAAGAUCAACCUAUUGUCAAAAGGGGGAAGGAGAAGCUCCCAAUCCGUGAUGAACGUGGUAGAAUCCGUAUGGGAGGUGCCUUGCUCCGUACUUAUGUCUUCAAUAUCAUAUUCAAGACACUGUUUGAGGUGGGCUUCAUUGUGGGCCAGUACUUCCUAUAUGGCUUCGAGCUAAAGCCGGUUUACCAGUGCAGCCGCUCACCUUGUCCGCACACUGUGGACUGCUUCAUCUCGAGGCCCACUGAGAAGACAAUCUUCAUCAUCUUCAUGUUGGUGGUGGCCUCAGUCUCCCUGCUGCUGAACAUGCUUGAGAUAUAUCACCUGGGGUGGAAGAAGCUUAAGCAGGGCAUGACGAGUCAGUACAUCCUAGAGAUGCCUGUCGCAACAAUGACGCCAGUUAUGGUAACAGGGGAGUCCAAACCUGUUUCCCUGCCGCCGCCAGCACCACCUGUGGUGGUCACGACUGCCACGCCGGCCCCUGUUCUGCCUGACACCCGUGCUGUCACACCGCUGCUGGCCCCAGUGACCAUGGCAUCGUACUACGCUACAGCUGCUCCAAGGCCGCGGCCCCCCUCCAACGCGACGUCCAUGGCAAGCUACCCCGCUGCUCCACAAGUUCCUGAGGAGAGGCACCGCGCUGUCACUCCCACACCCAUCUCCACUCCCGUCACCAUCCCGACCCCCAUACCCACGCCCACGCCAGCCGUCAUCAACUACUUCAACAGCGGCAGCCGUGCCCUGACAUCUGAGCAGAACUGGGUCAACAUGGCAGCUGAGCAGCAGGGGAAGGUUUCCUCCAGCUCAGCAGGUUCCUCUACCCCCAGCAGCGUCCGACAUCCCCUUCCUGAGCAGGAAGAGCCACUGGAGCAGCUACUCCCACCCCCGGCCGUGCUGCCCAUCGCCGCAGCCAACAGCGGCAGCAGCACCAGCCUGAGCGGGGCGAGCGGCAGCAAGUGGGAUGUGGAGGGCGAGGUGGAGCUGUCGGGGGCACGGCCCGUGUCGGCCGCCUGCACCACGGUGGAGAUGCACGAGCCGCCGCUGCUCGUAGACACGCGGCGCCUGAGCAGGGCCAGUAAGUCGAGCAGCUGCAGAGCCCGGUCAGACGACCUGGCCGUGUGA